CGUGUACUAGAUAGCAAAAAGGGCAUCACGACCUGACAAAGUGCCCAGAACUUUCAACACUCGCAUGAUCUCUAAGCCCUCUUAGUGUAACCAAUUGAGAAACCACAGAGCUUGGCUUGUCUUGGUGUUGGAAAGCUGAUGAGAUUCUGCUGAGAACCGAAAAAAAUAAGUUCAAUAGGUGAUGCCUCCGGUGUCCUAUUUGAUUAGACACUAGGUAGGCAUAUUCCUUGGCCGAGGCCCUCACCUUGAAUCGAAUACCCUAUGGUUUCGUCCUUUGGCUUGAAAUCACUAUAAGCGAAAAGAGAAGAGACGCCAGAAGCAGUCAACCCCAUUUAUUGAUUGGGGAGUAUUCCUGCCAAUAAGCUGUUGCGGCUAGGAUUAUGCCCACGGGAUACUUCCACAACAACACAGACGCAAUACGUGGCCUCGAGAAAGAUCGCCGUCGAUUCUGUGUCACAUUAUCGGCGCCAUAAAUCGCGUCAUCUUAUCGUUUCCGAUCAAUCAUUACUGGGAUCGCGAAUUUAAGUUCUACCGGACCAUUCAACCGCAAUCAUCCCGCUAUCCUAUAAUUCGUCCGACAUGGAUCCCGGGAACCUGUUCCGCCUCCUCGGACCUGAGAUUCAGGAUCCAGAAGAAGAAACUUUCUUGCUCUUCUCCCAGGAGAUCCCCUCGCAGAAUCUUGGGUUUGUGGAUUCUCAAGCUACAACCAUCGAUCUGACCAUCAGUGGAAAAGAUUAUAUAAUACACCAAUCACCGACGAUUCUAAAUCGCCCAGGUAGCACGACGGGGGCUGUCAUUUGGAAAAUCACUCCGCUAGUAGCUUCAUGGCUGAGCUCACCCGAGAAUCUCCUUUGGAAAACGGGAGCGCUCUCGUCUUCAAGCAGCGUGCUUGAGUUGGGAUGUGGAAUUUCCGGCCUUGUCGGCUUGGCCGUCUCUCCUCUGGUAUCCCGCUACGUGCUCACAGACCAGACAUAUGUAGCCAGGCUCGUGGAGAAGAAUCUCGAAGAAAACAUCCUUGUCCAACAGAGAGCAUCAUCUCAGAAACGCAAGGGAAAGCCGUCGUCUGCCGCUGCCAAUCCCAUAAAAUUACACUUCACGCCCCUGGAUUGGGAGCUAGAUGAAGUAACACGCUCUCUCACGGGAUCGCCUGAUGUCGCCAGCUUUGACGCGGUCAUCGCCUGCGAUUGCAUCUAUAACGACACGCUCAUCGAGCCUCUCGUUCAAACGUGCGCCGACGCCUGCGGUCUGCGACAGAGAGUAGACCAGGAGACUGGUGAGACAGCGCCACCAUCCCUUUGUAUCGUUGCACAGCAACUUCGGGAUCCGGAAAUAUUCGAAGGUUGGAUCAAGGCGUUCGCCAAACGCUUCCGCGUCUGGCGGGUGCCAGAAGAAAUGCUCUCAAAGGAACUGCGUGCGAACACAGGAUUCGUGGUGCAUGUUGGGAUCUUGAGAGUUGCAGGUGUGCCGUGAGUGUGUUCAAGUGAGAUACGUGAACAAGUCAAAUACACCACGAAGAAAGCCGGUGUCAGGUUCUGUUUAUCGCGCUGAGGCUGCUGUUCAGAUUGGCUGCCGAGCAGAAGUCAUAAUCGAGACUAGGUAAAAAGCACCAAACAUAACAAGUCUCCUCUAGGCAAAAGUAGAAGCCCGGAUCAAGACAUCUCAUCCAGCUCGGGGUUAUCAGAUGCCAUGACACAACACAUAUACUCCGUACCGCUUCAGCGGGCCAUAUGAAUGCACUCGAAACGUCGGACAACACAGUAGUAUAAAUCCAACUGGGCACGGCAUAUGCUCCUGAAAGCAAGGUGCCAUUAAAGCAAAGCAAACAAGCAAGUCAUUCAGGAAAUGCACACGAGUCCAACGGACAGUCCAGAGUUCAUUCCCCACGCUAUUAACGCUUAGCAACUACACGCAGAAACCUGAAUUCAAUAUAAAUACACGUCAUAACGAGCAUAGAGUUAGAGGGAGCUACCCUUGCACUAUCCACGCAAUUGAAUAUACUUAACGUCGAGCAGAGUAUAAACAAUGUCAUGUCAUUUCAUCUCAGCUCAGCUCACAUUGACACCUGCGGUCUGA